AUGCGUUCCUUGGAAGACUACACGUGGUUUAAACUGGUACGGAAUGGCGACCAUCCAUGUCUCCAGUAUGAUGGACGUCUCUAUCGCAUUCUCGAAGGCCCAGGGAGCCGGCACACUCAAUAUCCCAGCUUGGCAGUGUUUAUGGGCCGGCAAGGAAAAAAUAGGGCGCUUCGGCAGGGUUUCAAGCAGAAACCCUUAACGGGAGGACGUCACGUCAAUCUUCGGGUUGAUCACAGGACGGAAAACUCCGACCACCCUGUGCUGUUCGCCGACUGUGAUCCCCACGCCUACCACCUAGACGCGGCGGAUUCAAAUCCGUCACUUCGUCCGAUACCUUGGGCGACAGCCACAGACACAGAUAUCCAAGACAUCUUUCUUACCCGCCUAAUCUUCCUCUUUACGGAUGUGGUGCUUCUUUUCGCAGAAGAUGUUGGAGGUAUGGAAGGGGUCAAGACACUACUAACCGCCUGGGCCACUUUUGGGUCUGCAUCAAGCUUGACUCCUAGGCCCGGAGUCAUCGUGGUUGCCGUUUCUGACGGGGCAGGCGUCACGCAGGAUACUCUGAAGGGCCAGUUCCUUGCGGAACUAUCGCAGCACGCCGGAGUCGUGGACACGUUUAUGUGCAUAGACAUAAUCUGUCUCCCUCCUCCAGAGUCCCUGACAGUGACAUCUUAUCAGCCCUUGAGGGAUGAGAUGCUCAAACACCUAGACCUGUCGCGCCGCUAUCGCCGAGAGCAUGGCUCGCUCUUUACCGCUGGCCACUUUAAUGAGCUCUUCGAAGAGGCAAUAAACCUAAGGUGCCGUAGUCGCCACCUCGAGUUCGACUUCAUAAGUGUGUCCCGAAAAGGAAGUGACAUAAACAGCUACUAUCCCUGCCACCUAACGACUUUUCUUUCUCUAACGGCAAAGAUUGACCCUGCUGUCCAGAAUAGUCUGAUAGCCUCCAGCAUGCUGAUGGACGCGUAUCCACCUAAGGCGCACUUGUUUGAACCCCACACAGCCUUCCAGUCCCUAUAUCGAGGACCAUGCAUCAAGGCACUACGAGAAGCUCACGGCCCGGAGGUUGAUAGCCGUUGCCGCAAGAUAGAAUCUCGUUUUGUCGACUUCUUCGGGCAGCUAGUAGCCGGAGGCGGCCCCGCCCGAAAGAUCCAUCUCCAGAACCUGACUCGUCAUCGCCGAUGGUUGUCGAAUAUACAAACCGAGGGGGUUUGCCUCUGCUGUCUGUCCCGGUUCCCGCACCACUCCACGUCCUGCCACUCGGUCUGUGACGUGUGCGUGGAGGCAUUCGGCGAGCCGGUCAAGCGUAAGGAGCUGCAGUACGAGCUCGGUUCCUGUCUUGUAUGUCAGGCGCCGGAAAAGCUUCGAGCCGACCUUGUCCCCAGGACGGCCACGAUCAGAGGCCUCGCCCUGGACGGAGGGGGGGUGCGAGGUGUUCUCCAGCUCAAGAUGUUGAUGCAACUAGAGGAUGCUCUAGUGGAUUCCUUUGAAAAUUUCCUGGAGGAUACACUGAAGGAAUUCCCGAUCCAGUGGCUCGUUGAUGUGGUUUCCGGCAGCAGUAUAGCGUUCUCACGGUUGCUAGCAGGCGGUAUCAACGGCAUCGACCUCACCGUCUUGGGGCUCCCCCCAAAAGUGUGCAUGAAAAAUUCGGCCGGCCUCCUCAAAGAGGUGUUUGAGAAAUCGCCCAGGCCCGGGUGGUGGCUCUUCUCUCUGCCUUCGCUGGUGAGAUGUUGGUUCAAGGACGGGAUCUACGGGCCCGUGGUCCUGGAUAGCGUCCUCCAACGCCAUUAUGAGAGAAGGUCUAUCUUUGGCAGAACGGCGUUUUCAGGCAUAAGACUGCUGGUGACGGCCCUGACUACGUCCGACCAGUUGGUGGUACUCUCCAAUCGUAAGGUGGGAGAGCACGGCCAGGCCGACAACGGGUACCUACAUCCCGAUCCUUCGAGGCCUUCGCCGUUACUGUGGCAGUGCGCACGUGCGACCAGCGCGGCACCGGGGUUCUUCCCGCCCAUCAACCUCCAAGGGGUCGGCGACUGCCAGGACGGGGCGCUCAAAUGUCCCAACCCAGCGGCCCUCUGCCGGAGCGAGACUCCGCGAAUGUGGCCUUGGGAGCCGGAGCUCGGCGUCCUCUUGUCGCUGGGAACCGGAGUCGGCGUGCCCGCCCCACCGUCGCACGAUGGCCAAGGCGCAGAGGACACCAGUGAGGGAUCACCCGCGAGACGGGCGAAGGAUAAGUUCCCCUUCCGCCUGUUUCAUCGUCUCAUGUCCUCCAUGGACGGCGGGGCCGCGUGGGAAGCGCUGAUGAGUCAGCUAGACAGAGAGACGCGGGAAUACUGCUUCAGGCUGGACACCUUGAUACCGGGUGAGGUACCGCCGCUGGAUUCGGUUGAGAGCGUGAACGGCCUGAUAAAGCUGGCUGGUGAGCAGGGAGUUGGUGAGGUGGGUCGGAGGGCCCUCAGGGCCCUGCUAGCAGCUUCCUUCUACCUCAGGCUCGCGGAUAUCCCACGGAAGGAGAAUACAUACUUCCGCUGUGUAGCAGUGGAUUUCAUCGAAGAAUUCGCGGAAACACGUGUUGCCACUCUCACAAAUCAACGCAAGUAA